CGUUUAUUGACUUUGUGCAUUUUCCUUUUGGGUUGCUGUCGAUAAUAUGAACUGCUACCAGGCUGCUCUCUUAGUCUCAAUACUGGGAUUGGUGGGAUCUGCCCCUCUCUCUGAAAAGCGGGAUAGUAUGGACAGUACUUUGAUUGUAUAUGCUCAUAGUUUUAUCAGCAAAAUUCUAAAAGAAAUUCCUACAGCUCAUGCAUCGUGGAUAAAGUCUCCGAGCCUAAAGCUGGGAAGUUCAGUUCAGCUGCAGUACUUGAAGGAAAAUCUCAUUCCUCCCGCUCCUGUUCUUGAGAGCAUCUCUGAAAACUUCACCCUGGAGAUUUGUCUUGAUCGCAUGUUCAAAGGACUGAAGCUGCAUGUCAAUCUCCUGACAGAGAUCAGCGAAGUCAACAAGCUCAAGCAAACAGAACAGGUUGCCGAACUUCAAGUUGACAUUGGAGAACUUCUGUCCCUUAUUAACGAGAUGCAGACUGAAGCUGGAUUUGAGCGCUCAGUGGAGGCACCCCAGCAUGACCACACUGAAAAAUCUCCAUACAUAACUCAGGUGGCCGCACACCUGACCCUAGAACAGCUUCAGGUGUUCAGCUGUGACGUGCUGCGCAGUAUCCUCGCUAUCCGUGACAUGACCUCCGGCCCGUCCAAUGCAGAGGACUUGGAACAAUGCCCGUGAUGUUGUUGCAUUCAGUACCAUGUUCACUUUUGGGAUGAACAUAUAACUGUAGAGGAAAUGUAUGUUGGGGUUUCUACUGCUGGAAGAUUUGUCUCUAUUUAUUUAUAAAGAUAUUUAUUUUUAACAAUUUCUGUCAAAAUUUUAAUAAGAUCAGUAUAUUUAUUUCAACCUUUAGGAACUUCCUGAAACUGGUAUUCUUUAGAAAGGAAAUAUGUAAAAUACCUUUUAGUGUCAUGCAAUCUUUCCUGUGGAUCAGUGGUUAGAGCAUGGCGCUAACAAAGCUAAGGUCAUGAGUUCAAUCCUAGAGAUUGCAAACACUUUUUUUAUAGUACAAUGCAAUGUAAGUCGCUCGUGACAAAAGUGUCUGCCAAAUGCAUAAAUGUAAAUGUAUAGAAAAAAUGUGCUAAAGGAAGGAAGUGCUGUUUGUUGAGCAUUUGACCGUGACUUGAUAGUGGUCAUUGUAUCAUCCCCUAAUCCCUGCGAGAACUCUUUUCCUAACAUGAUGUAAAAUUGUAACAUGUUUUUUCUUACCCAUUAAU